GACGCAACACAGACAUCAGAAGAGAAGCUUGGAUGAAGGAACACACGUUUGCAUGAAAGCUUAUUUAGAUGUUUGGCUUUUAAGGCAUCUUCUCAUACUUUGGUUCUGUUGCUGGGAAAAAGACAAAACAUGAGCACUAAUGUGUAUAAAGAUUCAAGUGUGUGUUUGAGCCAUGAAGCCACACAAACGAAGCAUCCUUCCUCCUGGAAGCCGCAGUAUGUUCAUCAUUUGGCUUCUAAUCCUUUGCCUGAAAUCAACGACCACGCUCCCAAACGUAAAGAUUUCAAACAGAGGUGUGUUAAGAUGACUGUAGUUGCUGUGAUCUGCUUGCUUGGUCUCCUGCUGCUGGCUGGAAUCCUCCUGGCUUAUUACUUUUCCUCUCCAUGUAUCCAUGGGGUACAAUGUGGUGGUCAGGCGGGUUGUGUGUGGGAGUCCCAGUGGUGUGACGGCGUGAUGGACUGUCCACAAGGCCAGGAUGAAGCUCAGUGCGUGCGGCUUCACGGUUCCGGUUUCCUGCUUCAGGUUUACAUCACCAACAAAUGGAUGAGUGUUUGUUCUCACGGUUGGACCCCUCAAAUGGGCAGAGCGAGUUGCAGAGACAUGGGAUACAGCGGGAGUACCAGUGUUCUAUCAGGUCAAAGUGAGGCACAUUCUCAAGAUGGACUUCUAAUACUAACAGCGGACCCGAACCCUGACGUCGCCAUCGUGCAACAGCUUGCACUAACCAAUCACUGUCCAGGUGACACAGUGGUGACACUGCAAUGUACAGAUUGUGCAGGAGGCGUCAAUUCCAGCAGAUCCGCCAAAGCACAGCAGGCGCCUCUGGGGGCGUGGCCUUGGCAGGUGAGUUUACAGGUUUCCGGUUCUCAUCGCUGCGGAGGUGCAAUGAUUUCCCCCUUCUGGAUCAUCACAACUGCCCACUGUGCACGCAUGACCCCCAGUGCUGCAGACUGGUCUGUGUACACGGGGGUCGUGGAUCCUUUGGGCGUUCUUUUUAACCCUGCUUCCUCUGUGAGUCAUGUCAUUGUCCAUGAAGGCUUUGAUAGAGAUACGCACAAGAAUGACAUUGCUAUGAUGAGACUCAGCACACCUCGGAAUUUCACAGGCUCCAGUAAUAUUGGCCCUGUGUGCCUCCCAAAUGUUGGUUUGAACAUCUCCAACCCCCCGAAUGCAUGGACAACAGGAUAUAGUUUUCCUGUGAAUGAAAACGCUCCAUACCUGGUGGAGGCUCGGGUUUCUUUUGUUGAUUCUGCACGAUGCAACAACUCCAUGGCUUACAAUGGAGGAAUAUCGGAAGACAUGCUUUGUGCUACAGAAGCAGAAACGGGAUCACGUAUGUGCAAAACCGACAGCGGGGGUCCUCUGGUGUCUCAGAUGGGGGGCGUGUGGUGGCUCAUCGGGGAAAAUAUUUGGCCACAAAGUUGCAGUGAGUCAAACAAACCGGGUGUUUAUAGCAACGUGACGUAUUUCUUGGACUGGAUACAUCAUCAGUUGAAGAAACAUCGAGAUGAGCUCCUGUGAAUGAGGAACACAAAGAUUCAAAACAACUGUAUUAAGCAUGUUGUUAUUUACAUGUAUGAUUAGAUUCAUUAAUAUUGUGCUGUAAAGUGAGACGAUGUCAACAGUGUUGUGAAAACAUGUCAAAAGUUCUAAUGCAAUUUCAUUCAUUCAUUUUCUACCGCUUUUCCUCACGAGGGUCGCGGGGGUGCUGGAGCCUAUCCCAGCUGUCUUCGGGCGUAAGGCGGGGUACACCCUAGACUGGUCGGCAGCCAAUCACAGGGCACAUAUAGACAAACAACCAUUCACACUCACAUUCAUACCUAUAGACAAUUUGGAGUCACCAAUUAACCUAGCAUGUUUUUGGAAUGUGGGAGGAAACCGGAGUACCCGGAGAAAACCCACGCAUGCACGGGGAGAACAUGCAAACUCCACACAGAGAUGCCCGAGGGUGGAAUUGAACCCUGGUCUCCUAGCUGUGAGGUCUGUGCGCUAACCCCUAGACCACCGUGCUGCCC